AUUAAAAUCUAUCCGUCUCCUUUUUAGAGCGCCUCCAUCCGCUCAUUAUCCAUUCAUCCCACACGGAAACAAAAAAGAAACAGGAGGAAGAGAAACCGCCUGAGGGAGAUCGGAGUGAUACCGCCGGAGGAAGAUCGGACUAGGCUACUCAGCUUAAUGCAGCAAAUGGAUGUUCAUCCGGGACCUAUUUCACGAGACGUUUUAGUUCUUGAACCCGGAGAACAUAGGUGUGAUGCGGUAUGGGAUAGCGAAGAAUAUGCUAAAGUGAUCUUAAAGUGUCAUAUGACUUCUUCUAGUUUAUAUACAAAGACUUUUGUUGUUAAUGGACCACCUCAUGUAAUAGAGAUUUUACAAGAUUAUAGAUUUGAUAGGAUGGAGAAAGUUGGUGAAUUACAAUUGGAUUGGGCUUUGAUUACUUCUUUAGUGGAGAGAUGGAGACCCGAGACCCAUUUAUUCCAUCUUCCCUUGGGAGAGGUGGGAAUUACGUUGCAAGAUGUUAGAGUUUUGCUUGGAUUGCCCGCAGAUGGCAUUCCAUUGGCGGGGAUCACUGGUCGAUCAAAAGAUCAGUGGAUUCAGAUAUGUGACGACAUGAUGGGUUUUAGACUUGAAGCAUCUGAUAUUACCUCUUUUAUGAUUAAGAUAUCUGCAAUUAUUCCAAAGGCGUUGACAAAUCAUAGUGUAGAUGUUGAUUACCUACAACACGAUAGAGUUAUUAUGUUAAAGUUGUCGGGUGGUAGCUUAUUUCCCAACACGACGAAAAAUAAGGUUAAUUUGUAUCUGUUGGAGGUAAUCAUGGGUGACGCAAACCUAGUGCGGGGUCGUGCCAAUCGUUCUGUAGUUCUUAGUUUCUUGUAUCGUAGUAUGUGUCGUGCUAACAUGACACAUGUAGCACAGAUUGGAGGGUGUCUUGUCCUGUUACAGCUUUGGGCAUGGGAACGUCUGCCCAUGAUUAGACAUAGGGGCGUUGUAUCAUUGGACCAGCUGGUUAAUGUCCCAUACGGAGUCAGAUGGGUGUGUUAUCAUCGAUGGUCAGAUUGUACGACACACUCCUUACGAGCAUGCAGGGACCAGUUACAUUGGUUGAUCAAGGGAGAGUUUGUUUGGAUGCCGUAUCCAAAUCUUGAAACCCUACCACCCUUUUGUUCAGAUGGACUCCAAAUAUGGAUAUCACGCACUCCUUUAAUCUAUGGCUAUGUUGUGGAGAUGUACUAUCCAGAUCGAUUUUGCAGACAGUUUGGUGCCCGCCAACGCGUUCCUCUAGAUGUUUUGUAUGAUCGACACCUACAUAAUAUUAAUUCGAACACUAUGGAGAUUGGUGACAGUGAGAGACACUAUUUAGAUCUUUUGGCUCUCAUGAUGGCCCAUUUUGCCCUCUCCUUAGUUCUUUUCUUGGCUUUGGCUUCUACUUCAAGUGGAAUGUACUGUUUGUGCAAAGAUGGGAUUGCAGAGUCUCAGCUGCAGAAGAACAUAGAUUUUGCAUGUGGAAGCGGAGCGGACUGCGGCCCAAUCCUUCAAAAUGGGCCUUGCUUCAGCCCAAAUUCCGUGAAAGACCAUUGCAGCUAUGCUGUGAACAGCUAUUUUCAGAGGCAAAGCCCAUCUGGGGCUGACUGUAAUUUCUCUGGGUCUACUACCCUCAGCCCAAACCCGCCCGCUUCAGCUGUUGGAUCAUGUGUUUAUCAGUCUACUGCUGGGAAUAAUGGUGCUCCGUGGAACACCACCAGCGGCACGCCCGGUCCAAUAGGACCGACAGGCGGUGAACCAGAUCAUAACUCUGCACCGGCUCUUCGCAAACCCAUUCUCAUCUUUCUCAUCCUAACCAUUGUCUUUUCAAACCUAUAAGAUAAGGUGAAUAUGAAGAGAAGGAAGAUUAUGGAGUAUAUUGUUAGUUGUUAGUAUUAUUAGUAGAAGAUCGUUAUUAUAAUUUCAAGUUUGACACCACGAAUGACAACUAUCAUCCGUGAAUUUGUUCAUACAUUUAUUCGUACAGACGGUUACAUCCUCGGUGUGAAACAAAUCACAAGACAAUGAUCAUUUGUGGUGUCAAAAAAUGGGAAGUUGUUGUAAAAUCACCCUAAUUAGGUACCAUGUUUGUAUUGGCUUUGGUGGGUAAUGUUUGGUUCUCUUUCAUGUUAGUGUAUGUAUGUGUAUAAGUGGGGGAAUCAUGUGAUGUGGACUAAAAUCCCCACUUGGCCACUUGUACUUCUUUUUUUUCAUUUUCUUGAUCUAUUCUUGGGCAAAAAAAUUAUGCUUUGUAGU